UCAAAGAGUUUUCACAUUCAAACCCAAAAUAGCAUAGUAUGUUUUUUUUUUACAACAAUACACCAUUAUUCUUGGGCACCUUUAUUGUUUUAUUUUGACAUAGUUAUUCUUGAACACCCAUAUUAUUUUAUUUUGACAUCGACACACCAUUAUUCUUGGACAAAACUUCUGGCUAUGAUAAUAUUUUUUUAUUAGCAGAAGAAUAUAUGUGUCAUGUUUAAGCCUUCCCACAUUUCCAACGCAAUUUUACAUGAUUCCAACAAUUUUAAAACUUCCCCUUCACAAAUGUACAACAAAUAAAGAGAUGCACAAGAGUAUUUUAAUGUUACUACUACUUUCAUUGAAUGUAAAAGCUGAAGAUUUGCCAACUUAUUCUUCUCAAGAUGUUGUUAGCAGUUUCCAACCAAGUCUUGCUGUUGUUAUUGUUGUCCUCUUCAUCAUGUUUUCACUAACUUUUCUUAUACUCCUCUAUGCCAAGUUUUGUCAUAGGACAUCUUCUAAUAUUCAGGAUGAUGGGGGACAGCUUGUUAGAUCAGUGUCUCAUUCCUCAGGUAUCGAUAAAACUGUGGUGGAAUCACUCCCUAUUUUUCGAUUCUCUUUACUAAGAGGAUCAAAACAAGGACUUGAAUGUUGUGUUUGUUUAUCAAAAUUUGAAGAUAUUGAAAUUCUUAGAUUGAUUCCAAUGUGCAAACAUGCAUUCCACAUUAAAUGUAUUGAUGAAUGGCUGGAAAAACAUUCGACCUGCCCUCUUUGUAGGCAUAAGAUAAGUUGUGAAGACCUUUCAUUGCUUACCUAUUCAGGUAGUUUGAGAUUCUUGCGGAGUCAGUCAAUAAGAGAUGACGAAUCAAACAUGGAAAUCUAUAUUGAAAGGGAGGACAAUGAAUCUGAAGAGUUGCUAAUACAAGGGAAAGCACUACAUAGGUUCAAUCAUAGGAUCAUAGUAUCAGAUGUUGUGUUCAAGAAUCGAUGGAGCAAUGUCACUUCUUCAGACCUGAUAUUCUUGAAUUCGGAAAUGCUUAAUGGCAUAACAAGCAACAGAUUCUCAUCAAUGGAUACAACUUGUGAACAAUCCAGAGUAAUAGAAGAAGAUCAAUCAAUCAAUAUAAAGGAUGAGAAGAGAUCCAUGUCAGAAAUAAUAGUGUAUUCAAGAUUCAACAACAGGAACCGAGAGCUUUCAGUUCGAGAUGAAAGGAGGAGGAAGCUUUGGCUUCCAAUUGCAAGGAGAACAGUCAAGUGGUUUGCUAAUAGGGAAAGAACAGAAAACAGAACACAAACACUAAAUGUAUAGAGGUAAACACAACACUAAAUUUUUCAUAUUUAUAAUACAAAGAUUGUUUCACAACCUUUAAUUGCCUCAAAGCCAAGCAUUUAUAAAUUUUUUCUAUAAAUCUUAACAAAAGUACGUAAACCACGCCGCUCCUUGUAUAUAUACUGAUUCAUCUUAUCUGGUUAAUUCAUUUUUCUUGAACUUCUUUUUGCCUCUCUUAUGUUGUACAUGCAUGACAUUGUCGGAUAUGAUUUAUUGUAUCAAAAAGAGUUGA